AUGCCUAUGGCAUACGCAACCGGCACCUCAAACGGCAUGCCUGUACCGAUUGUCGAAACGAGUAACAUCUUGAAACAUCCCGAAGGGGGCUGCUCCCUUCAGGUCGGUGAAGGGACAUACGUUCUCAGAGACAAUCUACUUCUUGCAACCCCCCCUUCACACCCUUCCGAGGCUCCAAUUGUCAACCCAAACCCUCUAGCUACCACCCCCAAUCCGCCGACAUCUGGCGUUAAAUUAUCACUGGUGAUCGUCCAGCCACGCAGAACCCCCCCUCAACUUUACAAAUUGAAAUCAUCUUUGAGUGGGAGGCCGGAUCUUCAGAGUAUCCGAGAAAAUGAGCGUGAGAGCCGUCGGACAUCGGAUGAUUCCGAGGACUGUGUAUCAGUUCCUGCUUUUGGAGAAGGCAACCUAGCGCUUGCGCCGCUUCCCGGUAAGGAUGGGUCUGGUUUAAAACGUCGGAAACCGAAAAACAAUAUCCUCAAGAGUAGUUCCUCUUUUGUUUCUCGGGUCAUUACCCACGAUACAUACGCGAAGCGGCUGGCAGAGAGAAGCCCAGACGGGGUAUAUGCCUUUGCCAAUAUAAGCCGUGCCUUCCAGUGGUUGGAUCUAAGCUCAAAAAUUAAACAAGAACCUCUUGCAAAGAUACUUUUCACAAAGGCACAUAUGCUUUGCCAUGACGUGAAUGAGCUGACCAAAAGCACAGCUCAUCUGGAUGUGAUUAUGGGUUCGUCGGCCGGGGAUAUUUUAUGGUAUGAGCCAAUGCAGCAAAAGUACGCUCGCAUUAAUAAAAAUGGAGCCAUCAAUGGUUCACCAGUAAGCCAUAUUCGGUGGAUUCCUGGCUCAGAGCAACUAUUCCUGGCCGCUCAUGCGGAUGGCACCCUUGUUGUUUACGACAAAGAUAAGGAGGAUGCCCCGUUCAUUCCAGAGCCUGUAGAGAUAAACACUCCUCGAGUUGACAACGAGAAAAUGGACCAUAAUCCAAGUCCGUCAUUGAAAAUUUUAAAAUCCGUCAAUUCGAAAAAUCAAAAGAGUAACCCAGUCGCUUGCUGGAAACUUUCGAACCAGUGGAUAAAUAGCUUUGCAUUCUCCCCGGACUGCCGACAUCUAGCUGUUGUUCUGGAGGAUGGGAGUCUUCGUAUCAUGGAUUAUUUAAAGGAACAGGUCAUUGAUACUUUUAUGAGUUACUAUGGAGGAAUGAUUUGCGUUUGCUGGUCUCCGGAUGGGAAGUAUAUUGUGACUGGUGGCCAGGAUGACCUUGUCUCAAUCUGGUCACUCUCCGAGCGGAAAAUCGUUGCGCGCUGCCAGGGUCAUCAUUCGUGGGUUUCCCAUGUGGCAUUCGAUCCUUGGCGAUGUGAUGAGCGGAAUUAUCGGUUCGGUAGCGUCGGAGAUGACUGUCGACUGCUUCUCUGGGAUUUCAGUGUUGCAAUGCUCCAUCGACCGAAGGCGCUCCAAGCCACAGCCCGACAGCGGACCAGCAUCAUAGCUCCUUCUGGUCGACAGCGGACUGAAACUUUUUCAUCUAGCAGGGUCCGUUCUGACUCGAACCGCACAGAUAACAAAAACAUGGAGGAGACGGACGACGUGGCCAUCUUUCAUCCUGUUGAGCCCAGGGCAAGGACGGCACAGCUGCCGCCAAUAAUGUCAAAAGCAGUUGGCGAAGACCCCAUCUGCUGGCUUGGGUUUCUAGAGGAUUGUAUCAUCACUUCUUCGCUCGAGGGCAACAUUCGAACGUGGGAUCGACCGCGAGAAGGUGUGAAUGAAGGCGUUCCGCAAACUGUAUUUUCUGGCUCUGGAUCACUGACCGGCGCGGGUGACACAGCCCGUGCUACAUCGUAUGAUUCCCAGAGAUAA